AUGGAUUCGCGCUAAGAGUUAUUUUAGUUUAUUGUAAAUGUUGAUAAUUAAUUAAAGCCUUCUUUUCGUAAUAUAAAAGUAUAAUAUAGGAUGUAAUAUUUUAUUUUAAGAACUUGUUGCUUUAAAGUUAAGCAAAAUAUUUAUUUAGUUCUUGUUAAUUAUUAAUAGUGAAGGCUUCGACUAAAGAUGAAGUAAUCUAUAUCAUAUGAUGAGUAUAAGCAGCUUUAAACAAUUGGAAGAAUGGAAGCAAUCAAUAACAUAAACCCGAAGAAAUCUACAGAGGUGAAACAUAUUUGAAUAAUAUAAAAAGUGCAGAAAUAAUAGUGACUUCAAACACUCUG